UCCUGCCAGAGCUCGUCUCCCGCGUUUGGGCAACCGAAAUGCUUGGUCCAAUGCGAAUCACGAGGGAGAAAAUGUUGGGCGAUUAGGCGGAGUGGAAGAGAUGCGCGUAAAGCACCCUAUUUCCGAAUUUCUGAGGUGACAAACCGAGAAGAAAAAAUACAAACAUGCCGGUUGGUGGACGAGUCGCGGGUAAAGUUGGGAUCUAUAGCUCUCACUACAAUGGAAAGGGCUACAGUGGCAUAAACGAGGAGAUCAUCUGGAUCAGCAUAGGCAUGGGGAUCACCAUAGCCAUCUUGAUCACCAUAGCGCUCUGCUAUAUUGCCCGUGAAAAGUGUCGCAAACGACACGAAGGAUAUUAUACGUCAUGACGUAUGUUUCCGCCGCCCUCGUGGGCGUCCUGGUCAUUUAGCCCGACGACACCAGGCAUCCUUUUCAGUCCGACCACGUCAAGAGGUAAACCACGGGCUUACUACA